GACCAGUCUUGCCGCCUUAACCCGUAAGUGUAAAAAACAAAGGCCUGUUUUUAUUGAUAGACAAAUAGAAGGGGGCAAGAGGCUAUGGGUUUUUCUUUGGGAUUGCACUAAAAAUUGGGAAAGAUUCACUUUGAAGGGGAGGGAAAAAGGAAUACGUCAUCAUAACCCUCUUGGCAGCAGUUUGAUCUUGUGUUGCAGUGAUUUCUACAAGAUCUAUUGUUUAUCAAACUUGGGAGGUAGUUUAGAAAAGAUGGAUGAGCUGAGUGCUGAAUCCCAACAAGAAGCUCAACAAGCUGCCAUCUCACAGGCAGAGCAUGAAGAAACUGGUAGGAAGCAUGGAGAAAGGAAAGCUCGGGUGAAUGCUGUGUGGCAACAGAUGAACAAAGGAGUUUCCAAUAAAACUCUUAAAUCCAUCUUAGAAAAGCGCAGCUCUACUGCCAAUAAAACUUCCCAAAGGACUUCCCAAAAGAUGUCAUCUCCAAGCUGGAUGACAUCUUUGGGAUUGGCACCAAAAACGAUGUCAUCACCUGGCCAAGAUGUUUCAGCAAAGUGUCCUAGCAUCAGUCAGAACGGUGCCAGUGAUGAGGCAAAGAAACUUGCUGCAGCUGCUCUUUCAGCAGUUAAGGAUGCUGCUGCUUUAGCUGCUGUCGGCAGGGGGAAAAUUGAGCAGAUUUCUGAAGUUCGGGACUUUGCUGGCGAGGAAGUCGAAGUGAGAAAAUUUGUUGAUUCUACCUCAAAAGAGGCCUCUGAUAAAGGUAAAGGCACAGCCAGUUCGGUUUCUGCUGUUGAUGCUGUUCUUGAACAAAUCAAGAAGAAACAAAAACUUAGUGUACUUGAUAAAACGAAGAAGGAUUGGGGCGAGUUCAAGGAAGAAAACAAAGGCCUGGAAGAAGAACUGGAUGCUUACAAGAAAAGUUCAAAUCAGUAUCUAGAUAGAGUCUCUUUCUUGCAGCGUUCAGACUAUCGAGAGUUUGAGCGGGAGAGAGAUGCUCGACUGGCUUCUCAAGCCAAGAGGAAGGUGGGAGAUAUGCGAGAAGAUUUUUGAGAAAACCAUGCUCAUGCUCCUCGUGCAUGUGAAAAUUAUAUGGCGUGGUAUAGUUGGACUAAGGACGGAUUUUGAUUAAGCUAAAAGGGGAACUGAUCUUCUUUAGUAGCAUUCCAUGUUAGGAACAGUUUGUGCUUCAAAAAUUGAACUUUUCAUUUGAUGUGCUUGCAAAGAAAAGCAAAAUUCACCCUCUUACUCGAGUAGAAUACAUUCUUUUCCUAGUCAUUUUAAUUUUUGAUUUUA